UCCUGGACUCGCAAUGGAACGGCGACGAAUGCCAAGAAGAAGAGGUCUUGUCUCUGCAGAAACCCGAACCGAAUUAUCAGCGAGCGCGUCCACUCAACAAUCGGAAGUAAUAGAGAGGCUACUGCCUAUCAACGAGAAUUCCGAGAUCACAGGAUGCAAAGAUCGACCUCACAUUUGUGGAAAAGAAGCAGCCUGCCGUAGCUUCAGCGACAAAAGGUCCAAGUGUGUCUGUCCGCACGACUUGUCCCCACCAACGGCGGACUUGAAAUGUCCAAACCGCCUGAUAGUUCCGCUAACACCUCGACCUAUCCCCAACAUAAUACCCCCAAAUGGUAAUUCUACCAACAGUACAACAGCACUUCCCGAAGCUGAACAGUAUUUUCAUAUUGUCCAACAGGUAGAGCGAUCGAAGCAAAGGGCGCCCGAGAUAAUAGGAAUUGUCAUAGCUUUCGUUGCAGUAUUAGCAAUAUUGUUGAGUAUAGUGUACUGUGUGAAGAAACGGAGUUAUAACGUCAAAUCGCAAAGGAAUUCCCUGGAUGGAACACCGAUGAAUCUGAAAAAGGGAUUGCUGCUAGCGAAUAAAUACACACCUAAUCCACAGUAUUUCAGUUGUGCAUCGCCGGAAGUGCCGAUUCUGCAACGCGAAUCUCUUGUAUUUUUACAAGAUAUCGGCGAAGGGUGUUUUGGAAAAGUGUACAAAGGCGAAUUAUGCACCGGAGACGCAAAGGAAAUCGUUGCGAUAAAAGUUCUGAAAGACUCAGCCUCGCGUGAAGCUGAAGAAGACUUUAUGCGAGAAGUCGAUAUCAUGUCCACAUUUGGGCACAGAAAUAUUCUAUCUCUGAAAGGAGUUGUGCUGAGGGAAGGUAAUAAUAGUCCGUGGAUGGUUUUCGAAUACAUGCCUCACGGAGAUCUUGCUGAAGUUUUGCGAUCGAAUUCCCGGCAACUUAGAUCGACGAAACCCGGGUUGCAACCGUUAACUCAGGAAUCUUUACACUGGAUAACAAUUCAGAUUGCAGCUGGUAUGAGUUAUUUAUCGGGUCAAAGAUUCGUCCAUCGAGAUUUGGCUUGCAGAAAUUGUCUAGUUGGUUCGGAUCUCAUUGUUAAGAUAGCGGAUUUUGGGAUGUCGCGAGAUGUGUACACUUGUGAUUACUACAAGAUAGGGGGUUCCCGGCUUCUACCAGUUCGUUGGAUGUCACCAGAAAGCGUAAUGUAUGGACGUUUCACGUUGGAAAGUGAUGUCUGGAGUUUCGGGGUUGUUUUAUGGGAGGUCUACUCCUUCGGCAAGCAACCAUACUACGGACACAAUAACGAAGAAGUAGUAAAGUUGAUUUUGCAAGGAAUAAUGCUUAUUCCACCUGAAGGAUGUCCACCGUUUGUUUGCCAGCUGAUGCGAGAGAGUUGGAAAACAGAUCCUAAGGACAGAAUCACGUUUCCAGAAAUAUUAGAAAGACUUGAAAAAGCUAAAGGUAAAUCUGUACAACAAGAUACCUUACCAAGACCACCUCAAGGGCCAGUUACCAUUCGUACACCGGACGUAUUGGAUCCUGAUGGUUAUUUAUUACCAGCGCCAGCUAAACCACAUGAAUAUUUACAGACUUUACCGGCUUUGUCCGACUGA